AUGUUGAUAGUUGACAUCGGAGAUUUUGAUCCUGGCUCGCAGCCAACAAGCUGGCGCCUGUCAACGGCUCCUGAAAUCGGCCUUUCAAUAAUGAAUAUCGUCUACUCCCUAUUCCCUACUGUAAAAUGGCAUAUUCUUUAUAUCCUCAAGGGACCAGAACUUGCGCAUGUUUGCAGCAACAAGGUGAAAUACCUCGUCAUCCAUACGCACCCACAUAACCCGCCUAAACCCAUCCAUCCUCACUCUCAAGCUCUUCAAUUCGAAUUCCUUUUUACCUUCCUUGCAUUCUGUAAGGUACCCUGCGACCUCACGAGACCUUCGUGGAUCAGCUCAUCCUGA